AGAUAAAUGAUCAAAAAGACAAUAGCAAGCAGGAGUUUAAAUCUUCACCGACAAUCAUCACUAUGGAGCCAAUGCAAAGAUCUUCAAUCCCUAAAGCAAAUUCAUGCUUUGAUGAUCAUCAAUGGCUUCAACUCCAAUCGCAUUGCUCUCAGGGAGCUCAUAUAUGCUUCUGCUGUUACUUUCUCAGCAUCUAUUCACUAUGCCCACAAGCUGUUUGCUCAAAUUACUCAACCAGAUCUCUUCAUGUGGAACACCAUACUUAGAGGCUCAGCUCAGAGUCACAGGCCUUCUCUUGCUGUUUCCGUUUAUACCCAGAUGGAAAAACGUUCCAUACGUCCGGAUAGUUAUACUUUUCCGUUUCUACUCAAGGCAUGUACCAAGCUUUCUUGGCUUGUUUCUGGCCUUACUGUACAUGGGAAAAUUGUGAAACAUGGGUUUGAAUCUAAUAAAUUUGCGAGGAAUACCCUUAUAUAUUUUCACGCUAAUGUUGGAGAUAUAAGAAUUGCAGGCCAACUUUUUGAUGGUUCUGCUAAGAGGGACGUUGUUGCUUGGUCUGCUUUGACGGCUGGAUAUGCGAGAAGAGGCGAAUUGGAUGCGGCGAGGAGGCUUUUUGAUGAUAUGCCGGUUAAAGACUUGGUUUCUUGGAAUGUAAUGAUCACUGGGUAUGUGAAGCAAGGGAAGAUGGAGAAUGCGAGGGAGAUGUUUGAUAUUGUGCCAAAGAGGGAUGUUGUGACUUGGAAUGCCAUGAUUUCUGGAUAUGUGCUUUGUGGAGAAAAUGAGAAGGCUUUGAAGAUGUACGAAGAGAUGAGAGGUGCAGGGGAAUACCCUGAUGAAGUCACCAUGUUGCACCUUUUAUCCGCUUGCACUGAUUCAGCAUUCUUGGAUGUUGGCGAGCAGAUACAUCGAUCAAUUAUUGAUAUGGGUGCAGGCGAGUUAAGCGUAUUUCUUGGUAAUGCACUUGUAGACAUGUAUGCUAGGUGUGGCAACAUUAGGAAGGCACUUGAAGUGUUUCAAGGCAUGAGAGAGAAGGACGUGUCGUCUUGGAACAUAAUUAUAUUAGGAUUAGCUUUCCAUGGUCAUUCUGAAGAAUGUAUCUCUCUUUUUGAAGAUAUGAGGAGAAUGAAGUAUAUCCCUAAUGAAAUUACUUUUGUUGGUGUAUUGGUUGCUUGUAGUCACGCUGGUAAAGUUGAUGAUGGCCGAGAAUAUUUCAGCAUGAUGAGAACUGACUACAAUAUUGAGACAAACAUAAGGCACUAUGGCUGUAUGGUGGAUAUGCUAGCACGUGCAGGACUAUUGAAUGAAGCGUUUGAAUUCAUAAACACGAUGGAGAUUAAACCUAAUGCUAUUAUAUGGAGAACACUGCUAGGAGCUUGUAAAGUUCAUUCCAAUGUCGAGCUGGGAAGGUAUGCUAAUGAGCAGUUGCUUAAAUUGGGAAGGGAAGACAGUGGGGACUAUGUCUUGCUGUCUAAUAUCUAUGCGUCGAGGGAUGAAUGGGAUGGUGUUGAAAGGGUGAGGAAGUUGAUGGAUGACAAUGGGGUUUGGAAAGAACCUGGUUGUACUUUAAUUGAGGCUGAUGAUUAUGAUCUCAAGAAUUUUUGUUUUAAUUCCAAGCGUAAACACUCUUGAGAAUAGAGAUAGCAGGCACAAGCGGAGAAGGGAGCAACUAAGCUUAAUGCCAAACUUGGUACGCGUGAAGGUCCAUCCUUUGUGGGAGGGUACAAAGACGACAUCUUUGAUCCAACUCUUCCGUCUAUUCACAUCAUAAACCACUGUAGUUCAUUAGACGUGCAAAUUGCAUUUUGGAUUGUUUCUAUCAGCAGUUCAUUGAGGAUUUGUGGUCAUUGUAUGCCUCAUUUAGACAUUUUGUUGUAGUCUUCGUUAGUGCAUACAACAUUAAUUUA